AUGGGUGACUGGAGCAAACUGUAAAAGGCCCAGGCCUCAUCCAGUAGGUGGGGGAAGUUCUGGCUGGCACUCCUCAUCUUCAGGAUCCUGCUUCUGGGCACUGCGGUGGAAUCUGCCUGGGGGGACGAGCAGUCCGCCUUCAAGUGUAACACCCAGCAGCCCGGCUGCCAGAACGUGUGCUAUGAUAAAUCCUUCCCCAUCUCCCACAUGCGCCUUUGGGUUCUCCAGAUCGUCUUUGUGUCAAUGCCCACAGUCCUGUUCCUUACUCGUGUUUAUAGUAGGAGGAAAGUUUGGAAAAACAAGAAAAACAUAGAUCUUAAGAGAGCAUGCGAGCCAAUUCCAGAAAAUUCUUAUUAUAAUAAAUUUGAUAAAAAUGUUAUUGAAAAAUCUUUAAAGAUAAUAGAAUUCAUAAAUAAACACUAUGUAAUUAUGGAAGAAGACAGGGAAAAGGAGAUGAGUAAAGAACUGUUUAAAAUCUAUGCAGUCAGUAUUUUCUUCAAGUUUCUGUUAGAAGUGGCCUUCCUGGUUAUUCAGUGGUGCAUUUAUGGCUUUACUCUGAAUCCAGUCUACAUCUGUGAGAGGGCCCCAUGUCCACACCGGGUGGACUGUUUUUUGUCCCGUCCCACAGAGAAGACCAUUUUCCUAAUUUUCAUGCUGGUGGUCUCACUGGUGUCAUUGGUGGUCAGCAUCAUUGAGCUCUGCAGAGCACUCUGCAAAAAAAAACAACCAGGAAGCUGAUUCAUGUGAGAGGGAGCAGAAAGAGGCCAACCAUUCCUUAGAGCCGGACCAGUUUGAUCAGAACGAUGGCACAAACCCUCCAUCAAAAGGUCAUUCACAAUAUCCCCAAAAUGCUCCUGAUACCUACAUCUACCUCUCACCAAGAGAGUAUGUGGAUUGCUGAGCUGUGAUGAACUACAGUAUUCGAUGCCAUAACAGCAGGAGAGUGAACAACUGGUCCGAAAAGAGCAGAUAUGUUUAAACUGUGGUUUCCACCUCAGACUGACUGACAGAACUUGUGUCUUCAACCAGAAACAUCAGGACACAUUUGAUCUCACAAGUUUAUGUGAGACUGACUGAACAUCAGAACUUGUUGUGUGAAAGUGUCAAAGGUUUGAGUUUUAGAGGUGUUUUCUUAAAUCAUAUUUUGUUAGUGUUGUAAACCCAACAGUUAUGAGAGUUCUGAGUCUCAAAGAAACAUCUGUUCAAGAACACAGACACACUGUGACACAUCAAGUUUUGCUUACCAACAUCAAACAAAGGAAUAUUUAUUGUUCUGGUUUCGGUCACAGUUCUUCCUGUUCUUCCAGCUGGACAGUUUUUGCACGACGUCUGAGAGUGUCUUUGUUUUCUUUACACCAGAAACAAAUCAGUGUGUAAGAUCAAAUGUUUUCUUUGUGUUCAGUCAUGCAGUGCAGUGUCACGUUCUGAUUAAUCUGAGGAAGCUGUAUCAUAUUUGUACAUCUAAAGUCCAUAAACAGUCAGAUUAUUGAAAUCUGAAACAGCACAAUGACUUUGGGAUACCAACAACACUGUUCACACCUGCAGUUUAUAGUCUGGGUUGGUAUGUUUUAUGAGCAGAUGUUCCUUUAAUUUUUUUUGUCCCAAAGAUGUGUUUUUGCUGAUGUACGGCGUCUCCAGUUUAAGAUUCAGUUCAUCUCUUAGUCUCAUCAGAAAAUUGUAAUCCAGUUUUACAGAUUUACAGAGAAACAGGUUUUCUAUCUUAGUGUUUAUUGGCAGGCAUCUGUAGGACAACCACACCUUACAUCCACUCCAAACAAACUAUUUACUUAUUGACAGUAAGAUAUUAUUUUAACUUCUUCAGUCACCAUGCAUGUAUUGCUACCUGAUAAAAUUUAAAUGUUUUGGUUUAAGGUUGUUUUUUUGGGUGUACAGAGUGGCAGAGAUGAUGGUUUAGUUCAUGUUUAUUCCUCUAAGAGACUUUAUUACUGUGCUAACUUUUAUAUUUGUAAAAAAGGACAUGUUCUCAAACAGAAUGACAACCUCUGUUCUUUUUAGUUCUGUGGGGAUUGUUUACCACUUACUGCUUGAGAAGGGAAUUUUUAGUUUUGUAAGUCAAGCAACAAACUGAAGUUUUUAGAAGACUGCAUAGAGAUGUGAACUAAUAUUUAGUCACUUAUAAUAAAAACAUGCCAGUGUAGCUCUAAAACUACAAGCACUGGGAUAAAACCACAACUCUCUUUAUUGUAGGUUUGCUCAAACUGUCAGUUCAUAAUUAUUUUGUGUGGUACUUACAUGUGUAAUGGAUCUUUUGGGUACACUUAUCAUUUGCACUGAGAACUCGGUGAUGGAUAUAUGAGAAGAGUUUUGUAAAGUGUUUGAUUAAACAGUUGUGGGUAUAUUGCCAAACAGCAGAAUGGGUCUGUGGGUUUUACAAAAAUAAUUAUUUGCUGUUGUUUUGUUGUUUAGUGUAAGCAAACAAGUGUAAAUGAAAACAGGUUUUACUUGUAUGUGUGAAA